AUGGGCUUGGGCGCCCAUGGGCUACCCACGCCUCGAUGGGUCUCGGUAUCUCAUUGUCAUGCCCCCCAGAGUCAAACUUUCAAAAAAGCAGACCAAGGAAACCCCCAUGCGGCCAUGCCCGCCUCAAAUAUAUCUGACUCCGCUCUGCAAACCCCAACCUCGUUGGCCAAGAAUAAUACUCAGGCCAAAAAAAAAAAACUUUUUGAUGGGCAGACCCGAGACCUGCCCCAAGCCCGCCCCGAUCCCAACUGUCUCAAAUCCGGUGCGGGUUUGGGCAUUCUUUUUGGAAUUGUGGCCCGGCCCGGCCCGCCCCACGCUCCAAGGCGGGGCGGGUUUGGUUUUUGGCCCCGAGCCCGGCCAAUUGACAGCCUGAUUCUCAAUGAGUUGUUCGCCGAAGAUGUAUUCACCCUCGCUAAGUUGAUAUGGUUUGUACCCGCUCGACAAGAGGGCUAUCUUUCUGGCGAGCUGGCACACCCUCUGUCCGCUCGCCGAGAGCCUCCACUUAUUCGGCAAAGAGAAUACCAAUACCGCCUCAGCCAGCAGGUACAGACUCAAACAGCUCUUCCAGGAGGUAAAUAUCUCCCUUCAACAGCUACAAAAGGCUCGCUGAAGACGAGCUAG